CGACUCGGCGCAUCCAGUAUUUCUCUCUCGCCUUCACGCCUUUUUUUCUUCCCUCUCGUCCUCCCCAUCCCCCCAUCCUCCGUCCCUUUCCUAUUCCUUUCCCUUCUUCUGUCGUUGGAGGGCUGCAGGACGGCUUGUCAGAUUGGAUAGAUGUCCAUCGUCUGACGGCUUUCUCAUUCUGGGUCACUCGAAUCCAUUUUGCAUCUAUCUCUUCCCUCUUUUCAUGACUUCAGACGUCUCGUUUAGUUCGCGAUAAAUCGUCCUUGUUUUCUCUCUCUAAUUGCCAAUAAUCAGUUAUAUUCAUCUAAUUGUCAAUCAUCGCGUCUAACGGUGUUCGUGUAUCAUGUUGUCCCGAGUUGCUCUUCAGAAAAACGCCUUCGCUCGCCUGCGCCUAGCCAAGGGGCGCUCGGUGUUGCCCUCCACCGCACCAUUGAGACUUCAUUCUCAUUCGAGUCGACCCAUCUCCCUUACGAACACAUCGGCAAACAUUACCCAGGAACGUUCUCGUCGGCUAUCCUUCCAGUCUAGUCGGAACCUCGCCACUGCUGCAGACCAGUCCGCAGUCGACCAAGCGUCUUAUGGAUCCUUCGAAUCUCCCGCAUACAACCCCGAACGGUAUUAUGAUCACCAGCUGUCCUCCUUUUUCUCGCCCAUUGCCCAUGAUUUCGAUCCCUCAUCCUUAGUCAUUGUGAAUGAUGCCCUCCAAACGAAACCGAAGGUGCUGCGGAGGGUGAAGGGUCUUGGUGGCGAUGAAGAAGAAAUGCUGGCAAACUUUGAUCUGUCCCUUAGACUCCAUCGGUAUGACCGAGCGGCUAUCCUUCUCACUCGGCUCAGAGGAUAUUAUCCGGUCGCGUCUUCUAAGUAUCUUGCUCUUCACAAUCGCUAUCUUGAGGGGAUGGUCGGCCAGAUGAUCUUGACAAGGCAGCAUAACUUGGUCCUACCCAUGCAGAAGUUCUUCGAGGUUGAUCUACCGGCCUCCGGAGUGAUUCCGGAUGCAACGACUUACGCAAUCAUGAUUCGGAUGGCGCUGCGUAUGUUCCACGGCACGAAACGUGAUAGAGCGGUGCGUAGAUACUGGGACUUUGCGAAGAAGGCAUCUCUUGAGGAAGAUGUUUUGGCGGCUCCAGUUCUCUCGGAAUUAGAAAUCGGAGAAUUGUCAGAGAUCUGCUCCUCGGACAUCCAGCGCGUUUCAAUGGGUAGCUUGGAAUCGGACACGGCACCUGAAGGCAAUGGCCAAUCGGAUACACUCAAAGACGUCCCUGAGAUCAAAUCUGUUGAACAGAAGGGUCUGGGUCUCUCAUCUUUGAAGGAGUCGCUCUCGCUCUUCUCCAAUGCUUCGAAAGUGCCCGUUCCCGCGGAAGGCGAAUUUUCGCCGGAAGAGGCUCAGGAACUCUACAAUCUAUCCAGGCAGCGACAACUUGAAGCGGAUUCUAUACAAGCAGCGUUGAACCGGUGGCGGCAAGAAAACACCGACCGGAAGAAGGCUGGACUCGAUACCACCGGAAGCGAGAAGCGCUUAGGCAACAUCAUCAACCAGUGGCACACUGAUUUAGUCACCAGAAUUGAGGAGGAACUCAAACUUGUUGAGGAGGCGGAGUCGAAACCCCCUCGGAAUACGGAGGAGACUGAGCGUUGCGAAUACGGAGUCUUUCUGCGCUGCGUUGAUCCAGAUAAGCUGGCAGCCCUCACCAUCCUCAGUGUUUUGUCUUCAUUUGGCCGAGGAGGAAUGGACUCCGGGCUGAAGCUGGCUUCGCUUGCUACUGGUAUCGGUUCAGAGCUGCAUGAUGAGUUUCUGGCGGAACGGACCCUUCAGAAGGAGGCGACAGCUGAAGCUGGCAAGGUUAGAGCGAUCAAACAAACCCUCGCGAUUCGCAAGCAGAAGGACGGCCGGGCACGGUGGCACACAAUCGUCCGCAAUCUCGAGAAGGAUGACCCUACCGUUGCUUGGUCACCUCGCGUGAAGGCGAAGGUCGGUGCCGCCUUGAUGAGCUUUCUUUUCGAAGUCGCCAAGGCUCCUGUCAAGAUCGAAAACCCGGAAUCGAAGAAGAUUGAGAUGUCGAUGCAGCCUGCGUUUCAACAUGCUUAUCAAAUCACCUGGGGAAGACGUGCAGGUUUCAUCCAUCUCCACCCUGCGAUUGUCAAGAUCGUCACCAAGGAGCCCACAUCUGACCUCCUGGGUCGCCAUCUGCCCAUGCUGUGCAAACCGCGCCCAUGGAAGAGUAUGAAUGAUGGUGGUUACCACGUUUAUAAGAGCCACCUGAUCCGCACGACCCCGGGUGAAACCUUGCAGCCUGCAUAUGUGAAGGCAGCGCUGGAGAACGGUGGAUUGGAGCAAGUCCGUCACGGUUUGGAUAUUCUCGGCACCACCGGAUGGGUUAUCAACGAAGCUGUUUUCAAUGUUAUGGUGGAGGCUUGGAAUUCUGGAGAAGCUAUCGCCGACCUCGCCCCGUUGGAGCCCAAUCUGCCUCACCCCCCUAAGCCGUCUCCCGAGGAGGGGUAUGAAGCCGAGAAGAAAUGGGACAACGACAUGCGUGAGAUCGAGAACCGGAGGGCUGGUUUCCACUCCCAGCGGUGUUUCCAAAACUUCCAGAUGGAGGUGGCUCGGGCGUACAAGAACGAUACAUUCUAUCUGCCCCACAACUUGGAUUUCCGCGGACGCGCCUAUCCUCUUCCUCCUUAUCUCAACCAGAUGGGUGCGGACAAUGCGAGAGGGCUGCUCCUUUUCAGCGUGGCCAAGCCGCUCGGCGCCAGUGGUCUGAGAUGGCUCAAGGUUCAGAUUGCCAACCUGUCUGGAUUCGACAAGGCCAGUCUUUCAGAGCGAGAAAAGUUCACCAUGGACCAUCUGGACGAUGUGCUUGAUUCGGCAAACAACGGUUUACACGGCAGACGUUGGUGGCUCAAAGCCGAUGACCCGUGGCAAUGCUUGGCUGCCUGCUGUGAGUUGAGAAAUGCGCUCCAGCAAGCCGAUCCCACCCAAUACGCGUCACGCCUGCCGAUCCACCAAGAUGGUUCUUGCAAUGGAUUGCAACACUAUGCAGCUCUUGGUGGUGACAAGAUUGGUGCUCAGCAAGUCAACCUGGAACCGUCCGAUCGCCCAUCUGAUGUGUACACUGGUGUUGCCGAGUUCGUUAAAGAGGCUGUUGCCCGGGAGGCCGCUCAGGGUCACAGCGUGGCUAAGUUCUUGGAGGGAAAGAUCACCAGAAAGGUGGUAAAGCAGACCGUCAUGACGAACGUUUAUGGUGUCACUUUCAUGGGAGCCAUGAAACAGGUUCGCAAGCAGCUUAUCGACCACUAUCCGGAGCUGUCACAGGAACAGAAGCACCAGGGAGCGAUUUACAUCGCGCGCAAGGUUUUCGAGGCCUUGGGCACCAUGUUCAACGGUGCGCAUGAUAUCCAGUACUGGUUGGGCGACUGUGCCAGUCGUAUUACCCAGUCUCUGGCCCCGGAUCAAAUCGAGCAAAUUGCGAAGGAAGCCAUGACCCCCGAGUCCGCCAAACAGAUCGAGGACCCGACGAAGAAGUUCCGGUCGACGGUGAUCUGGACCACCCCGCUGGGGCUGCCUGUGGUCCAGCCAUAUCGGGUUCGCAAGGCGCGCCGUAUCCAUACCACGCUUCAGGAUCUCAGCAUCGUUGAUGGCAGCUCCGGGGAUGUCGUGUCUAAGCGCAAACAACUCCAGGCCUUCCCUCCCAACUUCAUCCAUUCCCUCGAUGCCACCCACAUGAUGCUGUCGGCCAUCGCUUGCCACCGGGCUGGCCUCCAGUUCUCCGCCGUCCACGAUUCCUUCUGGACGCACGCCUGUGAUGUCGACUCGAUGAACCAAUUGCUUCGCGAGGCGUUCGUUCGCAUGCACUCGGACGACGUGGUUAAGAGACUGGCCGCCGAGUUCGAGGUCCGGUACAGCCAGAAUCUGUUCCUCGCCAAGGUGGAAGCCUACAGUCCUCUUGGCCAGAAGAUUCGGACCCUGCGUAAGGGGACGAAGGUGACCCAAAAAGCCACCAAGGUGCAUGAGAUGCUUGAAGAGCACAAGCGACAGAAGCUUCUGAGGUCGGAAGACCCGGAGCUGCAGGCCCAGGGCCGUGCCAUGGUCACCCCGGCCAGCAUCUUCGAGGAAUUCGGAAGCGAUGAGGAUCUGGCCAUCGCUAGUUCUCUGGGAGAGACGGCGGUCGGCCACGUGCCCGAGGAUUUGGCGGCUGCGGAGCGGAAGAUCUCAGGUAUGGAGGCCGACCCUACGGAUCCCGCCAUCGAGACCCUUUUCCAGGGCUUCGACAAUGUGCUGGGCGAUAAGGCCGACCCUCACGAAGCGACGCCCGCGGAGGAGGAGCCGGCCCCGGCCAAGCGCAAGACCAAGGCCAAGGCCAAAACCUACGUGUACAUCUGGCUCCCGCUGCGGUUCCGUCCGGUCCCGACCAAGGGCAGCUGGGAUGUGACGCGGAUCCGGGACAGCAAGUAUUUCUUCUGUUAAAGGGCGGGAAGGCAAUGCUUGCCCGUCGCACGGGCCACGGACCGUCUGCUUCCGGCGUUCUGGCACGGAACGCGAUCUCGCUUGACCUUGUACUACUCCGAUGCUCCGGAUGGAUGCUCGCUCUUGAUAUCCCCUUGUGCAUUUAUUGAUCUUCUGGUUGUUCUUUUCGGGUGUCGAGUUUGACGUGGUUGAGCUCCCCUCUAAUAAUGGUUGUGAUUGUUUUGGCAUGGGUGCUGCAUGGAUUGCGAUGCAUGAAUGAACGUGUACAGUCUGGCUUUUGUUUUGGGUAUAAAAUGGGGAAUUACGGUGUAUAUAGCAGGGAUGGAUUUUUAUUUGGGACACUGUAUAUAAAUCUGUGAAGUGAAUGUGACCUUGUGAGCACAGC